AUGGAGAAGGAAAAACUAUCCAAAGAGAUUGCCAAGAUUAGCAAUGGAAGUGGUGGGCAGCAACCGUCUAAAGAGAGAUUCAAAGAGUUGCUGGUGAAACUGGAGAACGAAUACAAUCUACUUUGGGAGGAGAAUCAAGAGUUACGAGCAAGAUGUGGAUUACCAUCAACUUCAAAACCAUCACUGCUCUCUUCGAGUUCGAAUACAAAUCCAAUUAAACAGACAUUGGGUUCGAAAGCAGGAAAGUUGGCAAAGAUAAAGAAACCGAAACAUCAAAAGUCGUCGUCGAGUUCGAAGCGUGAUGGAUCGCACAAGUGGAUUCGCGUGAGAGAUUACGUUGGACAUCGCGAUGGCAUUUGGGAGGUGACAACCAGUCCUUGGGAUAUAUUUAUAUUUGCGACUUGCUCGUCGGAUCGAACCGCGAGAAUAUGGUCUGUCGACGGAUCAAAGAUGCCGUUGGUCUACAGUGCGCACACCGGCACCGUGAAUAGUGUGCGUUUUCACCCGAGUGAGAAGUUGGUGUGUACCGCCAGCGGUGACAAAACGAUACACAUCUUCAAGGUGCCGACCGACCGCUUCUCACAGAGCGGAAUGCGUUCUCCCGUGCCGCAAUCGUCGCAAUCCUCUUCGUCAGCCACUGCAAACAUCUCACAGAUGGCACCGCAACAACAGCCGUUUCACUCGCUUGGCAUUGCCACUUCAUCGUCGUCUGCCAAACAAGAUAAUACACCAAUUAAGAAUACACUAUUAGAACAACAAAUACAACUACAGACAGGAGGAAUACUGAGUAAAGAUCAACAACAGCAGCAGCAGCAACAACAACAGGUACCAUCAUCACCAAUCUUGGGAAGACCAAGUCAGAACGAUAAGAAUAAAGUAAAGUUAUGGACACCUCUAUUGGAAAGACAGAGAUCAAGAGAUGAAGUGUUCAGUUUAUCACAACCAGCGCAUCAACAACAACAACAACAACAUCAAUAUCAAGAGGAACAAUUUGAAAUGAAUGAUCUUUCAGAACCUGAAGAUGACUUUGAAUCGGAUGACGAUUCGUUGGAUAGAUUCGAUGAAGAUUUGAAUUUCAAUUUUAAUCAACAACAUCAUCAACAUCAAAAUACUCAACAACAACAACAUCAUCAACCACCUCAACUUUCACUUCCACAACAACAACCACCAAGUUCACCGGAACUAGAGUUAAGAGGAUCGAUCGAUGAGAUUGAACAGAUUCAACAUAAUAUAGUUUCACAUCAACAGCAACAGAAUGAACAUGGAUACAAUAUAUUGCGAACUCCACUGCUAGAGUUGAAAGGACAUACGGGUCCGGUGACAGCUGCCGUCUGGACGUCGAAUAGCACAGUUGUUUCCGCCAGUUGGGACAACUCAAUUCGCUGGUGGAACACAGAGAAUGGACGAACCAUAUCUACGGCAACCGGUGUCUGCAUGGAGAAAGUACAUCGCAUCACCAAUAUCACUUCGGUGCCGAGCUUGAACUACGCCAUUACGACUUCGACCGACGGUGUUAUUCGUGUUUGGGAUGCAAGAUCAUCUGGCAGCGGCGGCGGACCAGUGGAGUCGAUCCAUGGUCACCAAGAAGCGGUCAACUCUGCGAUGCACACCUACGAUGGUGGACACAUUGUGAGUGGUGGCGAUGAUCGAACCGUCAAAGUCUGGGAUAUCCGACAAACCAAAAACUGCAAGACCUCCAUUCGUUGUCCACUGCCAAUCAACCGACUCUCUGUAUCACAGAGCACUCCAGCCGCAGUAAUAGCAAUACCACAAGACGACGGUAGAAUCUCAGUGUAUGAUAUCAAUGGAAACAGAAAAGGAAAGAUGAGAGAUCAAUAUAAAUAUGGUCAUAAAUUGAUGGCGACUAGUACAGCAUGGAGUAAUGACGAUAGUGUUAUUUUUUCGAGUAGUUUUGAUCGUAGAAUCAUAUCUUGGGCGACAGCAAGCGAUUAA